ACCACUCGACCACGGAGGUCGUCAGAUUUAGCUUAGUAUCUGUUUAAUUAGUAGAAAAAAAACAUUAAAGUAUUUAAAAAAGCUUUUAUUAGGUCAAUUUGAAUAAAUAAUGUAUACUUAAUUUUAUUUCAAUUAACUACUAACAUUUGCAUAGCUCCUUAGCUCGUGCCGAUGCCGUUAGUAUAUCCAUUUCUUCUUAGUUAAUUAGUCUAAUUAGCAAUAGCUUGAUAGACUUAGGAAACCUAUUUGAACAGGAAAGUUAGCACAUGAGUAGGUAGUUAGGUACCUACUUAGCGUAAUCUGUGUUUUUCUUAUAUGCAUUCUUAUUUCCUUCAAAGGUUCAAAUAUAAUUGUAAAGACAAAAUAUAAUAUCCUUAUCAAGGUACUAUGCAAAUUAAGUUAAUGAAAGUCACGAUUCUCUAUGCAACGAUUCAAGAAAAUCUAAUUAAGUUGUAAAUAAUACUAUAAACCAUUAUUUGUUUGCGUGUACUAAGAUUAAACAUUUAUGUGGAACGAAAUGAAAGUUAUCCGUUUAUUUUGCAAUGCUUAGGUACGUUUAACCCCCUAAGAGUUGUAGACUAAUAAAAUAAUUGAAAUUCAAGUCCUGCAAGCAAUUCAUUAAAUUGAUACUCGCUUGUACAUACAAUUGCACUGCUGCAGUGCUAUUCUGUAUCAACAAAUGCACUUUUCACCGCGGAAUUCGCUGGGGUAAUUUGAAAUUUCUGUAAAUUCGUGUUGUAAUUUUAAGUUACACCGCGGAUUCCGAGGCGAUAGAUGAGUUUGAUCUUAUAGAAUAAUACUACUGUACCUACCCCAGUUUUUACUUGCAGAGUUGCAAAGCCUGACACAUUGAAAUAUGCAGAAAAUUUCAAAUAUCCGUAGUAGGUAAUAUUAUAAAUGCGAAAGUGUCUGGUCGCCUAAAUCGCAGAGCCGAUUUAGAUGAAAAUUGGUACAGAGGUUUAAGAUCCGGGACAUAGGAUGGUUUUAAUCCCCGAAAACAGACUUUAAGAGGAUGAAGGGGGGGGGGGGGGGGAUUUUGUAUGGCAAACCAAUUUUUCCACGUAGAGGGCACCUACUAGUACCUAUGUAUAAUGCAUAGGCGACAUCGACAGCAUGCUAGGUUUUAGGUGUUAAAAGUCAAAGAAGUUUAACAGUUUUUGACAUCACCCUUCUUUAGAACGCGAUGCAAUCCAUCUUUUCGUGAUAGGUGUUUCACAGGCGCAAUGGCAGCCUCAAAUUUUGGUGGGGGUCACCAAAUCUCCGAUUUUCCAGCAUAGUCCUUUUAAGUAGUUGUUUAUAGAUCGUCGCAAACUCAAAUGAAUGAAUCGUGGCUAGGGACAGAACAUUUUUGUGACCCCUUUGGACCGCGCUUGGUGUUUCAGCUUUCCCGGAUUAUAUAAAAAUAUCCCAGAAAUAAGUAAAUCGGUUAGUUUGCUCAUUGUCUGUGUACUUUAUCGGCGUUCUAAACUGCUUGUUCCUUGAAAUGAUGAGAGGGUAAUCAAAAUAAGCGAUUCUUAAGCACGCUCUUUGAAAUGGCAGUUUAGCAACAGGCUGUGACAAAUUUUUGUGAACGUCAAUCGCUAUGCCAUCGGUUCGCAAAACUACUAAACUAAAUAUUGUAGGUAUUAUACUGUAGGUACCGAGAACCGACAAGAAACUCAGCAAGGGCUCUUUAGAAAGAUGAUAAUAUCAACAUGAUAAUAUGCAGAGAAUGUCUUGCGGUCCAGGCAGUAGACGGGACUCGAACUCGCACCCUCCGCUGUCUGGGCGAAUGCACUAACCAAUUUAGGUCGUAAUUGUUUAGUAACUUUAGUACAUCCGCCCGGAUAUGGGUAAAAAAUCUUCAGAUUUGAACAUCUAAUCGUUUAAGUGUUUUAAAAUAAAAAUAAUUUAAUAUGCAUUAAUGUCAUUGAUGUAAGGAACUAAACCGUUUGUUAUGAUAUAUAUUGAAUGGUAGUGACUUGGGUUUCAGUGGACACCCAGCACAUGUAUCAUCAGAUUGAGAGGAGUCGAGACGAGAUUGAGUUAGACCUACUUCAAGUUGGCUCUGAGCCGGUCGGUGUGCGGUGCCCACACUGCCAAGAAGACGUCAUGAGCCGUGUCGAGUACAAAAUCACUAUGUGCACACACGCGAUUGCCUUAAUCAUGGGAAUAUUUUUGUGGCUCUCGCUUGCAAUAUUAGCACCCAAUAAGUCAGAGCGUCAAUACGCUCGUGUGGAGAGAGGACCGGAGACAAAUUUUUGUCCUGAGGAUGACGCAAGAUGCAGUGACGCCGAGAAAUUUGUCCAGAGAACUGUAGCGUUCAAGCAAAAACUCUCUUUCGGUGGCGUGGAUAUGUACGUCUAA